CACAAAGCUAAGAUAUAUAUCCUUCUCCGCAAUUCCAAGCUCUUAGCUGCAUGCGCCUCUGCUAUCCUCCUCUCCUCUCGCCGGCUUUUAUAUCUACACCGCUCGGAGCGACAUCUCAAGUGCAUCCAUAGCCAUACUACAUUCUGUUGCGCUUUUAGCUGCACGUUCGCUACGACUACCACACUUGCGACGAUAGCCAAGACUUCUCCACAAUGGAGGCCCUGCUCUCCCUCGCCUUCGACAAUAUCGCGUCCAAGGAUACACAGAAGAUCCGCAAGGGGCUACGCCAGAUCGAAGGCAUGCUGGCGCAGAUAUGUCUCUCCAGCGGCAAGGCGAGACCAUCUACACCUGGUCACCGACGGAACGCAUCUGCCAUCAACUUGGGCGAGCAACAACAGUCGACACCGAAAAAGCUGGGACAGUUGCCCGAGGACCCGGCGUUUAGAGAGUUCUUCCGCUUACAAGAGGGGUUUGAGUGGAAUGUUGCGUCGCGGGUGGCAGACUGCCUUGAACGACUCCUUGGUAUGGGAAGCAGUAAAGACGGCCAAAACGACAUUCUCAUCCUCUCAUCGCUGUCAAACCUCCAAGGCUUGCUCCUCUUACAUGCACCAUCCCGCAUCCUCUUUGGCCGCGAAGUCUACAUGAACCUCCUUCUCGACCUCCUCGAUCCCUACAAUUGCCCAGCAAUACAGUCCCAAGCUCUUCUCGUCAUCGUCACAGCCCUGCUCGCCAUGCCGCAAAACACACGUACAUUUGAGCACAUGGACGGCUUGCUCACCGUGACGAGCUUGUUCAAGGACGAAGAGACGACCCAGAGCGUGAAGGUCAAGCUGCUGGAGUUUCUGUAUUUCUACCUCAUGCCCGAAACACCCCUACAACGGAGUCCAAAGCUUGCGAGCGCAUUCGAUCGACGGAAUAGCACUACGAACAGCGACGAUGGCGGAGGCGCAUCGAAGAAGAACACACGGAGCCAAGAGGAGAAGCAGUACAUGCUCGGCAAGUACCUCAGCAACGUGGAUGCUCUUGUUGAGGAUCUGCAAGAGAGCGCGCCGUUCACGAGCGUGGCUUGCUGAUGCGACUCGACCUAGAUUCUGUGGAGCGGCACCGCACCCCAUCUCAUUUGUCUAUUUGUCCAUUUUACUUUCAUUGUUCAUAUCUACGGUUCGAUACACUUUCUUACUUUCCUUGAUCCCACUCAGCAAGGCGUUCCGGAUGGUUAGGGGGAAUUGGGAUAGUCGAUAAUUAUGUCACCUCGAGGUGGCUGGCGCCAAUUUUGGCUAGGGACUUCAUUACGGUCUGUCUUUGAAGCAUUGAUGCAUAGCGAGGGUGGUUCAUGUGCUGUAAUACGAAGUUAUCUUUCCUUAGUACCAUAGCUUCCCGGAGUGCUCGGCUCUAGUUGCCGUUUGUGCAUCUCGCUUUUGUCCAGCAAGCACACAUAUACGCUACUCAGGAGAAGAAUCAAGUCUCAUUAAUUUAAUUGCAUAGAUUGGAGUAGCCCAAAGCCAAGAAAUAACAGACAAGGG